UCUUGCACGACUGGUGAACGAUCCUGCAAAGCGACUCUGAAAAUGUAAAAUAAGUUUUACGACCAUCGCGCAGCACGACUGGCACAAUCAGUAGAAACGCUCUAGCAUGUACGGAUUUCUAGCUGCAUGACCAACCAUCUCUUGUCGAAAUUUAGAAUUCCUGAGCUAAGCUACAGACGUUGAGAGCGUGACACAAAACAAUCUAGAAUAGACUAUGAGAGAAAUUGCUUUGCUACAGUUGACGAAUUUCGCGCCCUAGUUGAGUUCAACGACAUUCUACCUAUUGAGGAAGUUGCGGAAGAUGAAUGCAGACACGUUCUGUCCACACUGCAAUGAAUCCGUUGCCUAUCGUACUUUCACAAAGCACAAGGAAAAAUAUUACAACAAAUCAACAAAACGCUGGACGUUAGCUAAGACGGAUUCUUCAAGUCAAUCUGAUUCUGAGCAAUCAGCCCAUAGAUCUGACAACAAGAUAACAGGUCCGUAAUUAUUUCUAACUUCCUGUGCAAGUAUGCAAACCGACUAAUCACUUUUACUUAGAUAUUGAAGAGAAUAACAGAGCCAGUGAGUGUGAGUGUUAUACAGCUGAUGAGACCGUUACCUACACAGCUGAUGAGACCGUUACCCACACAGCUGAUGAGACCGUUACCUACACAGCUGAUGAGACCGUUACCUACACAGCUGAUGAGACUGUUACCUACACAGCUGAUGAGAUAGUUGACACUAAUGAGCAACUUACAACUGACAAUCCAGACGCUUUUUCUGACAACCAUGAAGUAAAUUUUUAGAACAUUUGAUGAAUUUGACUGUGAUAUGAAGUUAUUAUAUGUACAGUAAAAUGACUUUGAUAUUGAGUUAUUACGAAGUGAUAAAGAUGAUGGUUCAGGAGUUGAACAGAUGGAUGGAGUAGAAGAAGAAAUAACAAGUGGUCAUUUCAAAACAAUGGUGGAAUGGUUAGUUUGGUACUUACUGUUAUGGCAACAUCGAUUUGGAGUGUCCGAUUCUGCUAUAAACAAGCUUCUUAGAUUCAUUGUUGUGUUCUUUGGCAUGCUGAGAAUAGUUUUGCCACAAGCAAAUUUGAUAUCACAUUUGCUUCCUACCUCUGUUCAACUAGCAAGGCAGAAGUUUCACAGUGACAAGUUUAUUAAAUACACUGUGUGUCCACGAUGUCAUUCAUUAUAUGACUUGGAAGAGUGCUUUAUCACUAUUGGUAACAGAAGAGUUCCUCGGCAAUGCACUUUUGUGGCAUAUCCCAAUCAUCCACAGCAAUACCAUAGACGGCCUUGUUCUGCUGAAUUGCUUGAUAUCAUCAUUCUGAAAGACGGUACAAAACGCUUUGUUCCAAAGAAAAUCUAUGCAUAUAACAGCAUCUCUAAUACUCUAAAGAAAUAUCUCUUGAGGCCUCAGUUUGAAGAACUCUGUGAAAGCUGGCGUCAUCAAAAUGUUCCACACGGGUACUAUGCAGAUUUGUACGAUGGGAGAGUUUGGUCACAGUUUCAGGUAGUUGAUGGACGUCCUUUUCUUUCCACACCUAGAAAUUAUGCUUUCAUGAUGAAUGUAGACUGGUUUCGACCAUACAAGCACACUCCAUCAACUACUGGUGCAAUCUACUUGUCUCUGAUGAAUCUUCCAAGACAAUUACGCUACAAGAAAGAUAACAUUUUUCUUGUAGGACUCAUUCCUGGUCCCAAUGGGCCUUCUCUCACAAUUAACACCUACUUGAAGCCAUUGGUUGAUGAACUGAAAUAAUUGUGGGAAACUGGUAUUUGCUGCAGAUCAUUCUCAUCUCCAUGGUUCUCCAAUAGAUACUAUUGUGGUUUACUUUGUGUGGCAUGUGAUAUUCCUGCUUCCCGGAAAGUAGGAGGAUUUCUAAGCCAUUCAGCUAGAUUGGGAUGCAACAAGUGCUUGCAAAAUUUUUCUACCUUGGGAUCAUCUGCUCCAGAUACAUAUUCUCAUGGCACCUGUCCACUUCGAACUGAUGAUGAACAUCGACAAUUAGUGGAAGAAAUUGUGAAUGCAAAAACUAAACAAGAACAAGAAGCACUAGAAAGUCAAUCAGGAGUACGAUACACUGAGCUACUUUGUCUACCUUACUAUAAACCCAUUGAAUUUCUGGUAAUAGACCCAAUGCAUAACUUGUUUUUGGGAACUGCCAAGACAAUGCUGAAAGAUAUAUGGCUGAGUGAUGAAAACGCAUUAAUUUCAAAACAAGACUUUGACAAAAUACAACAUCGUGUUGAUGCAGUUAAACUUCCUUCAACAAUUGGUCGAAUUCCCUUACAAAUACAGUAGCAUCAAGUUUUUCUGGAUUUACUGCUGACCAUUUUAAAACCUGGACCACCAUUCAUUCCCUAUAUGCAUUGAGAGAUAUCCUUCCAGCAGAACACAAUCACUGUUGGCUAAAGUUUGUCAAUGCCUGUCGCUUGCUAUGCUCAACAAUAAUCACGAUCAAUGAUAUCGAACAAAUUCAACAUUUUCUUGAAGAGUUUUGCCAAGAUAUUGUCAGACUGUACAAAAGGCCUUUAACACCAAACAUGCAUUUGCACUACCACCUUUGCAAUUCCAUCAUAAGUUAUGGUCUGACAUAUUCUUUUUGGUUAUUCAGGUUUGGGAGACUCAAUGGCAUCCUUGGAGCAUACAAAACCAACAACAAAUCAGCCGAAAUACAAAUAAUGAGAAAGUUUCUCUACUCAACUGCAGUAUGUGACUCUGACUUUCCACUGGAUUUUCGUGCAGAAAUGUUGCCAUUGUUGCGAGAGCUUUUAGAUCAAAGCUGUGCUGAUGUUGGAUCCAAUGCCAUUGCACAAAUAGAGUCAUCUUCACUUAUCAGUCUAUUAGAUCUCCAAACCUCCUAUGUGCAGAAUCCACAAACAGACAUAUCCAUUUGGUCAAAAACAAGCAAAAACUACCUAAGAAGGUCAACAUAUACAACUUCUGCAUUCUCACCCUCAGAACUGCAGUUUAUAAAAAAUAUGUACGCUAAAUUGCUAGGUCCAAUAUCACCAAACUGUGUCAUUCCUGAGGUGUACACAAUUGUGAAGUCUGUUGAAAUAGCAGGAGUAAAGAUUGGAUCAGCAAUU